UCUGAAUCAAGGGAAAUGUCUUCUUCGAUUCUCCUUGACGAACUCUUCGUGGAAAUUCUAUCAUGGAUUCCGGUGAAGGAUCUCAUGCGAUUAAGGUGCGUGUCAAAGUCAUGGAACUCCCUCGUCUUCGAUCCUACAUUCAUCAAACUGCAUCUUCAAAGAUCUUCAAAAAACACCGACACCCUAUUAACAUUCCGAGACUACGAGAACGAUGAAAGCAGGUACUGUGCCUCACCAUGCUCCAUACACGGUUUUCUCGAUAACCCAUCAUCCACAAUCGAUGCUUGCCACCGAUUCAACCACGAUUACACUGUCUUGGGUGUCUGCAAUGGGUUAGUUUGCUUACAAGAUUCUUACCGUGGGGACGAAAUUGAAGAAUACUGGGUCCGAUUCUGGAACCCCGCCACAAGGGUCAUGUCCGAAGAUUCCCCACGCAUAAGACUUCGUUCUAGUGAUUACAAUUACCCUUAUUUAUUCAUGUUUGGGUUUGGCUACAAUGAUUGGAGUGAUACUUACCAAGUAGUGCUUUUGGAUAAUAAAUCACACAAAAUGGAUGUGAGCGUUCUUUGCUUGGGUGAGACUUGUUGGAGAAAAAUGUUAACUUGUCCUUCUUUUCCCACUCUCAGUCUACAUGGGGCUGCUGUGAGUGGCACUGUGAAUUGGUUAGCACUACCUGAAUUGUGUUCUGGUUAUCGAUGGGAAACUGUUAGUGUGGACGAGUUAGUAAUCUUUUCGUAUGAUCUGAAGAAUGUGAGAUACAGUUAUUUGUCCAUGCCUGAUGGGCUUUUGGAAGUUCCUCCUGAUGUGCCUGUGCUUGAGGUUUUGAAGGGUUGCUUGUGUCUCUCCCAUCAUCAUGGGAAGCGUUUUGUUGUUUGGCUAAUGAGGGAGUUUGGAGUUGAGAAAUCAUGGACCCAUUUGUUGAAUAUAAGCUACGAGAACCUUCAUAUUCAUGGCUUUAUCCAUGCCUUUCCAACUCUUCCAGUGAUUCUGUGUGUGUCUGAGGAUGAUGAUCUCAUGUUGCUGGCAAACUACGACAGUGCGGAGUUUAUUCGGUACAAUAAGAGAGAUGAUAGAAUUGAUCGUCAUGAACUUUUCAAUGAUGAUAAAUUUUACUUUUUCUCUUAUGAUUAUGUUCAAAGCUUGGUUUUGCCGUGUCGAAAUUAAGUUAUCCUGUGUUUGUGUAGAUGGAUUUGUGUUAAACUAUG